AAUCACAGGAGGCCAUUGUUUGGACUCAUAUCCUAGGCCCCAACAGACUAGGCAAAAAAAAUCACAAUGGAGUCACUCAAGGGAACAUGAGAACUUCAAAGAAUGAAGUAUCACACAAAAGAAGCUACAUUUACUGUGAAUGAAAGACUUGCAGGUAACAAGGUUAGAAAGUGAACUUUCCAACUUAUGUCCCAAAGGCAUUUCUAAUGGAAAUAGUUAUGGAAUCUCAUGAAAAUGAAUCAUCUCCCCCUCAGGACUGAUGGGCUAUCUGGCUGCAGGUAACCCACUAAAACAUUCUUUCUGUGUAAGAAGUUAUUACAAUGAAAAAAUUGUCAUUUUAGUGUACAUUGUGUGGCUUGUGCAAGGUUAGGAGUUAGUGCAUGAGAUAGUUUUUGGAGGGGAGAGACAACAUGGCUGAAUAGAGGAAGAGCUACUCAGAGAAAUUCAGCUAAAACACAGGUAAUUGGAAGAAAGGGGAGGAACAUAUAACCCAAAACUAAAAUUAGUCUGACAUAAGAGACUAGUAGAUCAAGCAAAACAUAGAUAAAGGACUUAAUAAAACUACCAGUCAGCCCACCUGGCUGCCGGUGAGUCACAGGAUUGGGACAACUACCCACCAUAUUUGGAAUUUUAAAAGAAGGGGAAAAAAAAGAAUAUACUAAGAUAGUGCAGCUAAAUCAAGCCAUACAGGAUAGACUUGGGAUGUAAGGUCACCUGCACCUUCUACCUUACUCCAAAGAGAAGACACUACAGUCCAGCAGUAAAUUCUGCCAACAUGAAGUGCUCCCUCCCUGAUGAUUGGCCAGUUUUCCUUUUGUUCUCUUUUCUUCUCUUUCCUUUUGUUCUCUUUUCUUCUCUUUCCUUUUGUGCACCACAGUACUAAAUGGAACCACCAGGAACAAGAUUAAAGACUACAGGGGUGUGUAGUAAGUGGAAUACCUAACCCCUCUCCCAUGACCUGUGGUUAGAGGCACAAGAAAUUAAAUAGCCUUGCACCUCAGACUGUGUAGCCCCAGGCUGUCUCCAUGGCACCAGCAGAAAGGCACCCCACAGCACCCCCCAUCUCACCCGAGGAAGUUACAACCUACAGCAGAGGCGGGUGAUGGUGGCAGUGGAACUUGUAAAGCAACAAAUGGGAAGUUAGCACCCCACCUCAGGAGAGGAGUAAGCAUUAGAACUGAGCAGCCUUGGGCUGCAACAGCAAGAGCAGAGGACUAGACAAUAUCACAGCAUCCCACCCCACUCUGCAACAAAUAACCUGAGAGGACAGAGGCUUGCCAGUGGAAGAAUUCAGAAGGCUGAGCAAGGACCAGGAGGAGCCAGAGGUGCAUGAGACUGGGAACAGCACCCUGAAUCUGUCUGAAAAGAGCACAGGAACUGGGAGAGAGACACCACCAAGAGAAACAGGUUUUUCAAAAAGGACAAAUUUAAAGAAUUUAAACCAGUCCACGCACCAAUUUUCUGGUGAACCAAGACUGAAGUUUAAAGAACUAAAGAACUGAUUGAAAAAAAUCUGCGGUCACAAGUUCCUUGAAAACCAGAGAGAAGACCUCACAAAACAAUGUCUUGUUCCCAGUGAAAUGGAUCCUUCCUUUAUCUACUGUCAGGCAAUGAAUUGCUGUUCUGCUUAAGACUCCUGACUCGGAUUUCGACUUGUCAUUAUGUUCCUUAGAGAAAGGUGUCUGCGACUCUUCACCUUCGGAAAAAGAAAAACAGAGGAGAGAAUCCACUCUUCAGGAGGCCCAGGGACAGAACUGAAAUGACCCCGCAGGCUGGACGAAUGGGGGCGAGUCCCUGCUCACGCUGACUCUAAAGAAACGAAACAAAAGAGAAAUCAGAAUGCAGCCAGGACCAGCCUUGAUCUUCUCCCGGGGACUCUCUAGAAAAGCCCCAAGGAAGCGCUCCCUUGGCAGCAGCCCUCGGACCUCCAGACCGUCGCACACGCUGAAGCUGCCGGUGUGCUCGGCCUCUGCCUCGCACGCUUCCCACCGCCGCGAUGCGGGUGGCAGCUGUGCUCCUGCUCCUCAGCGCCGGCUGCACGGCCGCCUUGCUCUGCUCGCCCACCGUCUUCUACAGAGACUGCUGGAUCCGACGCUUCCCAGGCCUCCUUGUGGACCUGGAGGAGUCACAGAAGCUGGGAGCCCGGUUCUUGAAAUACUAUUCUGAGACCACUGGACAGAAGUGUAGCAGGAGCUGCUGCCUCAGGAAGGAUGUGUCCUGUAACUUGGCUGUCUUCUUCCAUGACCCUAUUCAUGACAAUGUCAACUGCCUCCACAUCCACUGCCCAACUCUAGAGAGUUGCAUACUGGAGCCUGGAACCAGUGCCAUUUUGUACAACAUAACAGAGGGUAUAGAUCCAGAUUUGCUGGUUUUUGGACAAUCACGUCCUAUGUAUCUACAUACUCGUUCUUCAUCUGAUAGGUGGGACAGACUCAGGAUUCUAAAAGCUAUGAGUUUAUAUGAUACACAACAAGCUACCAAAAUAAACCAUGUACUGCCCACAGUAGAGGCUCCAUCAUCAACUACACCUCAAGAUUUGGUUGAAAACAGAAACAAUACAAUUUCUCUGAAGGAACUCACCACAGAUUUGGGGACAAGGUUCAUUUCCCUGAAUGACUCCAUUACCACCAAGGCAAAUAUGGUGUUACCAAGUGCUAACUUCAUCAGUAGCCCAUUUAACAAGACUAUUUCUCCUUUUAUUGUGCCCACAGACACAAAACAUCCUCAUAUGCAGGUUCCACCCCAACCUAAUAGUAGCAAACAAUUACUGAACAAAACCAAGGAGUACAACAGUGGAAACCACACAUCUGAGAAUGAUAAUGAGUCAUCGGAUGGGGCAUCUGUGACUUCCAAGACCUGGCUGGCUUUUGUGGCCUUAUGUAUCUCCCUCAUCUUUCUUUGCUGUUGUGUUCUUUGCUAUUCAAGGCAACAGGGCCAGUAUAAAUUAGGACAGAAAACCAGGAUCCAGGCAGAGUAAAAAAAUGUAAUAUGCUGAAGGUGAACUCUUAAAAAUUGUAGUGCGAUUAUAAGUUUUUAAGGGUUUCAUUUUCAGUUUUCUGUAAGACAAUGGAAGUUUGGUUUAAAAAUAUGGGAUGCCUGUUCCUACCAAUCUUACAGAAGCCAAUGCUUAACAUAACGGCUUUCUUGGCUAUUUCUAUUGUUAUCAUGUUCCCUUUGCCAAGGUUCCAGAAGUCAGAGCCUGUAGGUGUUAUUGAGCACCAUGUGAAUCACAAUUGAGCUGUGUUAACUGAUUGUAUCCAUACAGCUCUCUGGGUUAGGUGUAUUACAGACAGUUAGGUUACAUAGAAAUAUUAUAGCAUCAAAGAUGGCUAGGCCUGAAUGAAUCAGUGCAGAAAAUAACACAGUACAAUUGUGAGUGGAGGUGCAUUUGUUGAAGGCCUGGUCUCAAGACAAAGAUGGAAUUGUUACACCUACAUAUUUCUCCGAGGGAUAAACAAUAAUAAUGGAUAUCCUAAAUAGGCAUCAGUCACCUAAAUAGGGGACCAAAACUUCUUUGAUCCAUCUCUUCCAGGAAAGAUCCUUGUUCUUGCCCUGUACACUUGCUAUGUGAUAUGCUUCCCCACUGAAUCAAUAUUUUUGUGAUCUUAUUGGUGGCCCACAGUUUUGUCCCACCUUGUAUCCACCUUGUGAUUUUGCAUCGACCUCAUGAUUUUGCUCUACACAACUUCCUUUGAAAAGUGGGCACGUGGGGAAUCUACUUUUCAGGUCCCCUCUUGUCUCUCUUAGGCAGGAGCGGUCUUUCCCUCAAUAAAUAUUUUCUACUCUUAACCUCCUUUGUUUCUCAGAAUUCAUUCUUCAGUUUUGGGGAAC